GCAAAAAAUGGUAUUAAAUAUUUGACUCUGUGUCAGUCGACGCCACACUUCAGUAUAAAUAGAGGACAACAAUUGCUACGUUUGUAUUCGCUUAUUGAGCGCUCAAGAGGUUAUUUUCAGCUCCAUUAAGUGAAAGACUUGCAUCAUCAUGAAGUUGUCGAUCGUGGCGCUUUUCUUUGCCGUUUUUGCUGUUGUUUACGCGCAACCAUUGAACUCAACGAGCAUCGAGUUGAGUGACGAAAGCAGCGAAAGUCCCAAUUUUGGAAGCUUGUGGUAUUUUUUUAAAAAGAUGGUGACUAAACCCGUCAAAGUCGUAAAAAGUUUUUAUCACAAAUUGUUUAAUUCCAAUGAUAUUUGUCAUGGUUAUGAAUGUCCAAAAUACACAUUGAAAAAGAAGACUGAUAAUUACGAACUGCGAUGCUACCCAUCUUAUACUUGGGUUGGAACAAGUUACACUGGUAAGAGGCGCUCCCGAAUGACAAGAAGAGAUAUGUUUAUGAGAUUGUUCCGCUACAUCAGCGGCGCUAAUAAAGAAAAAGUAAAAAUCGAGAUGACCGUUCCCGUGGCAACAUCAUAUGAUGCUAUGGGUAACAAGACAAAGUUCACAAUGCUCUUUUUUGCUCCGGAGAAAUACCAAACUAGCACACCUAUGCCCACAAAUCCUCAAGUCGCCAUUGUCAAACUACCAAAAAUUUGUGUAUAUGUCAGGACUUUUAGUUGGUUCAUGGGAGAUGCAAAGGUGAAAAGAGAAGUUAAGAAACUAGCAGACACACUGACGAAAGAUGGUAUUACAGACUUCACUAGUCCAAGCAUUUCUUACAUCUCAGGCGGUUACGACAGUCCAUUUACCUGGCCUUUCCUACGUCACAACGAGGUCUGGCUUUUGCAAAAGUGAAAAAAACAACUUGGAAUCAGGGGGGAGUUGCUCUGCAUUGUUUCAACUCAAGAAAUUUCAUGAAAAUUUAAAAAAACAUGUAAAAAUUUAUCUCAUUUUCUUAAUAAAUGCUAAACAAAACGCUUUGUUGACAAA